UUUUUAAAAGAAGAAAUAUGAUUCUUUAUUCAGAUGGAGAAAAGCAUCAAGCAAGCAGCUCGAGGAAAGCAGAACUAAAAUCUGAAGGCAUGGACCCUAUCCGAUCACAGACAAUGAUCCCCCUUUUCUCACUCAUGUGUUUGAUUAAUGGAGUCUCAGAAAUAUAUAGGGUCUGUUUCAGUGUGAGAAAUAAUUUUUAUUUUUUAUAAAAUUAUAAAUAAAAAAAAAGUAAUUAAUUAUUAUUUUUUAUAAUGAAUAACAAUAAAUAUUUUUAACAUUAUUUUCUUGUGAAAAUGAUGAGUACUCUCUAUUCAAUUCAUCAAACGCGAGAGCUGACAAAUGAGAAAAGCCAUUGGGUGAUGACUAGUCCAUCUUGAAUAUAUAUAUAAAGCAAGAGAUAGAUGGAAAGAGGCACAUCGAUCCAUCACCAGCGCCACACAGCAGUACUACUGCUGCGACAAUGGUAGUGAAGGUUUACGGGUCAGCCUGCGCUGCCUCAAAGCGAGUGGUGGCCUGCCUCGUGGAGAAGGAGAUCCAGUUCGAGACCGUCCCCGUCGAUGUCUCCAAAGGACACCAUAAACAACCUGACUUCCUCAAAUUACAGCCCUUUGGGUUAGUUCCUGUUAUUCAAGAUGGGGACUAUUCUUUAUUUGAGUCCCGUGCAAUUAUGAGGUACUAUGCAGAGAAGUACAAGGACCAAGGGACUAAUUUGCUGGGAAAGACAAUAGAGGAAAGGGGAGUAGUUGAGCAAUGGCUGGAGGUUGAAGCACACAACUACUUCCCUCCGGUGUACAACUUGGCAAUUCACAUCAUGUUCUACUCUAUUUUGGGCGUUCAGCCAGACUCCAAAGUCAUUGAAGAGAGCGAACAGAAGCUUGCAAAGGUGUUGGACAUUUAUGAGGAGAGGCUAUCAGAGAGAAAGUACUUGGCUGGGGAUUUCUUCAGCCUAGCUGAUCUUUCCCACCUUCCCUUCACCCAGUACUUGGUGAAUGACAUGGGGAAGGACUAUAUGAUAAGGAAUAGGAAGCAUGUGAGUGCUUGGUGGGAUGAUAUUAGCAGCAGGCCAUCUUGGAAGAAGGUUCUGCAACUUUGUUGAGUGCUAGUUUAAUUGGUAUUGCUUUUAAAUAAUGUAAAAUUAUUUUCGAUACAUAAAAUUUCAAGUGAUGAUUUGGAUUUUAAA